AUGACGAAUCCAAACAAGGACCCGUAUGUUUCUAAGGCAACAAAGAAAGCACUCAUGGUAAAAAUCUUUAGUUCAACACCAAAUGCUUGGUUUAUGGAUAUCUUGGAAAACAUUCCGAGGUAUAGAGAAGAUGGACCACCAUACUGGCUAAUAUUUGUCGGUCAAAACACAAGAUACUGUGAAGCCAUACCAUUGCAGUCCAAAGCUAUUUUAGAUGUGAAAACUGCUUUGACAAUAUUUGUUGACAAAUACCAUCCAACAAAACUGACAUCUGACUGUGAAAGUUCUUUCAAAUCAGACGAUAUUAAAAACUAUCUGCGUUCAAAAAAUGUAA